AUGAAACUGGAUGUGAAGGAGCUGUGGCAUGGCAGCCACCCUCAACACGUGCUGAGGAUGGAGUACACUGAAAUCCCUUUCCGGUGUGAUGGGUGCAAAGAAGCCGGCAUCGGCCUCAAGUACUCUUGCGAUGCUUGCUGUUUCGAUCUUCAUCGUAACUGUGCACUUGCUCCCUCUACCAUCACUCACCCAUUCUACGAUAAAUGCUAUUUCCAAUUCUACACCAGACCACCCGGCUCCGCCAUGAGAGUGUGCGACGCUUGCAGGAAAGAUGUGCUCGGUUUUGUUUAUCACUGCACCGGCUGUGGCUUCGACCUUCAUCCUUGCUGUGCUAACCUAUCCCCUCGCCUUGAGGACGGUGACCGGAGCUUCCUUCUCUGCAUUAAGAUAACAAGCAGUUGCCAUCGUUGUGGUCUCAAAGGUCUGGGGUGGUCUUACAGGUCUGAGUGUAAAAACUACAAUCUGCAUGUCUCUUGUGUGAAGGAGAUGCUUGUGGAGAGCUGGCAGGCUAUGUAUCUCAACUUCGAUAAGGAGAAAGUGAGGGAGAUCCAGACUAAGAUACCCAGCCUCAGAGGCACCAUGCAGAGCCACCACCAGCACCACCACCUGCAGGCACACAGGGCCAGGGUUGGCAAGGUUCACCAAUGUUGCCAGAUUGCUGGUGGUGCUCUCCGCAUCAUCAUCUCUGCCAUUCUUGGUGAUCCUACUGCUAUCAUCGCUGCUGUUGCUGGACAUGUGACUGAAGAAGGUGAGUUGGUUAAUUCAGGACACGUGGACGAUGGGAUAGAAGCGGUGGAAGAGGAAUCAACGGUGGAGAAGAAGCCCAAGAAAAACAGAGGAAAAAGGGAACAUGAUGCGUUCUGA